GAUCAAUCAAAACCAAAACAAAUUGAAUAUUUGCAAAUAGUAUGUUCAUUAUUCAUUAACUAUGGGGAAAAAGAAAAGUGAUUCCUCUUCCAAUUUAGGAAAAAGUCUAAUUAAAGACAGAUUUGGUAGUACCAAGGGUAAAAAAAUGGUCAGCAAUAAUUCAAUGUUACAUACUACUGAAAUUCAAGACGGUUACGAUUGGGGUCGUCUUAAUUUACAAUCUGUUACCGAAGAAUCUUCAUUUCAAGAAUUUCUUUCUACUGCAGAAUUAGCGGGCACAGAUUUUCAAGCAGAAAAAUUGAAUAUUAAAUAUGUAAAUCCUAGAUCCAAUGCAGGAUUGUUGACCAAAGAUGAACUUAGUGCGGCGAAAAUUGCUCAAAAGACACAUAAAGAUGCCGUUAAGAUUCCAAGAAGACCACCUUGGAAUAGUGAAACCAGUCCAGAAGAAUUACAUAGCAACGAAAAAGAAGCAUUCUUAGAAUGGCGUAGAUCACUUGCUAUGUUACAAGAGGAACAAGGUAUUGUACUAACUCCUUAUGAGAAAAAUUUGGAAUUUUGGAGACAACUCUGGAGAGUUGUAGAAAGAAGUGAUGUUAUUGUUCAGAUAGUAGAUGCCAGAAAUCCUUUGUUAUUUCGUUGUGAAGAUCUUGAAAAGUAUGUUAAAGAAGUUUCAUCAGAUAAGAUGAAUUUAAUAUUAAUAAAUAAGUCUGACUUCUUAACAGAAACACAAAGGAAAAUUUGGGCUGAUUAUUUCAAUUCAAUUAGAGUUCAAGCAAUAUUUUACUCGGCUCAUUUAUCAUUAAGUGAUGUGCAUGAGGAUGAAGAAGAUGGUGAAUCAGAAAAAGAAAUUGAAGAGAGUUCAGAAAACAUUGAAACCGAGAUUAAUAUCCUUAAAGAAAGUAUAGAAAAAAUGAAGACUGCUGUAGAAGAAAACGCUCAAACUCUAAACUGCAUUAUUAAUAAAAUUGAAACUAUUGUGGGAAAAUCUACUUUGGACAGGUAUUUAGAUAAUUCAAGCCACUUAUUUAAUAGGACAGAACUUAUUGAAAUUUUGAAGACCAUACAUACAGGACCUAAGGUCACUGCCAAUACCACUACAAUCGGAUUAGUAGGAUAUCCAAACGUUGGAAAAAGUUCUACAAUUAAUUCUCUAUUAAGCGAAAAAAAGGUGUCAGUGUCAGCAACUCCAGGAAAAACGAAACAUUUUCAGACACAUUAUUUAGAUAAAGACCUAUUGCUGUGUGAUUGUCCAGGUUUAGUGAUGCCUAGUUUUGUCUUUUCAAAAGCAGAAAUGAUUUUAAAUGGAAUUUUACCUAUAGACCAAAUGAGAGAUCAUGUACCUCCUAUCAAUUUACUUAGCAGUCUUAUACCAAGGCAUGUCAUAGAAGAUAAAUAUAAAAUUAUGAUUCCCAAGCCCAUGGAAGGAGAGGAUCCUGAUAGAGAUCCUACUGCCGAAGAAUUAUUGAAUUCAUAUGCAUAUAACCGAGGAUUUAUGACAGCUAAUGGACAGCCCGAUAAUUCUAGAGCUGCAAGAUAUAUCCUUAAGGAUUACGUAAACGGAAAGCUACUAUACAAUUACGCUCCUCCAACAGUAAAUAAUAAAGAAUACCAGAUAUGGCCAGAAAGAGAUAAUUUGAAAUUGCCUGUUCAAAUGAAGCCGUAUCGUACCACAACAAAAGAUAUAGAUAAGGAAUUUUUCAAAUCAACUGUUCAAAGUGUUCACACAAAGGGAAUUAGUAAAAUACACACAGGAAAAACUCAAAGUGAGGGGGAAUCCACAUCAGAAGUUGUAGAAAAACCUUGGAAGCAAUAUAACAAACACAAAAAUAAAGGAAAGAAAGAAAAAUUAAGACGAGUCUAUGCUCAUUUAGACCAACAUUAAAAAAAAACAAGUUUAUAUUUAUGUCAAAACAAGUGUAUAUGUUUUUUUAUUAAAAUAUAUAUUUCUAUUGCAUUAAAAAUACAAUUUAUUCCCUUUAUUUCCAAUUUUAUCCGUUUAAAAUAAGAUUACAUUUAGUUCUUCAUUAUGGUAUAUUUUACUGAAACUUUAUCAGGUUAAUUAAAAAAUAAAUAACAUAAUUAGCUAAUUAAACACUAUACUAUGUAAAAUAGAUCUGUUGGAUUUUUCUUCGAAAUUAUGUAAUACUUCUUCGAUCUCAUUAUCCAGGUCCUCUGCUCUAGCU